CGGGCAGCAUUUGGACAAGUCCCCUUAUCCUGAUCUGACAUUGUAAUCAAUAGCAGUUCGUAUUGAAACCACACGAGAAUGCAUUUAUUUGCAUUUAUGAAAAUAAAAUGAUACCUUAUAGAUUUAUUUUCAUAAAAUGCCAAUCCAACAACUGAUGGGGCGAGCCCACAACCAUGUGAUAAUUAAUUGACAUUUCCUCUCGUCAUAUUUGACAGACAGGUAAGCAACCACUAUUGACAAGGGCGUGGGUAGAUUCCGUCCGCGGGAAGAUAUUUGUAUUUAAUCCAAACAAAUUUCCGUAUACAGGCUACAUUUAUUAACCUUAUUCAAAUCGGAGAAGUGAUUAAAAAAAACAUCGAUUGCAUUGGAGUCUUCUACACUGGACUGGCUACAAGAGAGCGACGUCGCGGGAAUUGAAGUGGCGUCUGCGGGCAUGGGUUUGGUGUCUGCUGUUGAGCACUGAAUAUGGCGGAGCAAAGGCAAGAUAUGUACAUAGAAGGCGAGCUCGCGGGAGAUCAUUACAUGGAGGACCCGGAACUUGAAGCCAUCAAGGCACGGGUGCAAGAGAUGGAGGAGGAGGAGCGGCUGAGAGCAGUGCAGUAUGAGGCAACAGAGAGACAGAUCCAGGCAGGAAUGUUCUAUACAAUGACCCAUGAGGAAAGGAUAGAUGCUGACAACAGAUCUGUCUAUGUGGGGAAUGUGGAGUAUGGUGCCACUGCAGAUGAGUUGGAGAUCCAUUUCAAUGGCUGUGGUCCUGUCAACAGAGUAACCAUCCUUUGUGACAAAUUCUCUGGCCAUCCCAAGGGUUUUGCAUAUAUUGAGUUCCAUGACAGGGACUCAGUGCAGACUGCCAUGAGCCUGGAUGAGACGGUAUUCAGAGACAGAGUCAUAAAGGUAUUGCCUAAAAGGACCAACAUGCCAGGAAUCAGCACCACAGACCGGGGGAUUCACAGAGGUGCUCGAUCCAGGGGACGAGGUUUCCACCCACCCAGAUACAAUGGGUAUCAACAAGGCAGGUUCCGCUACAAUACUGGCCCUGCCAGGUCAGUCUCACCACACCCCUACGGGCCCCCAGCUGGGAAGAGACACUGGGGGGUUCCUGAGCACCGUGAGCAGGGCCCUAAACGACACCCAUGCCUUCUCCUCAUAACCCCACCGACUGACCACUCGGGGCCAGGGCACAGUGGACACAUGCACCCGCAGCAACACUACUGAAUCACGUCUGGAUUCAAGUGAUUGUUUGAUAUCAACAUGGAAUGAGAAUUUCAGGAAAUCGUGACUUGCUCGUCUCUACUCAUUUGCAAAUUAUUUUCAAUGCAUGUUAAUGGGCAGAAAUCGAGAGAAAAGCAGAUUUCAACCUCAUUAAAUUAAUUCAUAUGGCAACUUUUGUUAACAGCCUCUAUAAAAAGUUAUUGCAACUUAAUCCUAACAAGACAGACUUUGCAAUGGCCAUUUUGUCCUCUUAUUGUAGGGGAAAUGGAUGAGGCCAGCCUUGUUUUGCUGCUUAAUACAGUUAAAGAUUGUGCCUAUGGUGUUAUUUUAUUUCUUGAGCAGUUUGUGCCAUUAUUUACCCCAAUAACUUUUUGAAUGCACAGCCAUUUGCCAUGUCAGAUACUUUUUUUUUUAAGGAUGUUUUGAUCAGAUCACUCAUUUUGUUGGUGUGUGGCUAUCGAGCUUGUAAGUAUAGUUGUUGUAAAACACCAAACACAAAUGAUAACAUUUGGGGUGUGAUUGGCUUUCUUUUGUAACUAUAUUGACAUGCAAUUGGCAGUUUGAGCGACUGAGUUGUUGCUAUGUACUUGAAGCAAUGUUUAUGGCUGUAUAUAAUUUGUCAAACAUCUUUUGCUUUAGAAAUGAAUAAAUGAAUUACACUUGA